UGUACAUUUGUAUAAAUGCACGUGUUUGUAAGGGUAAUCCUCAUGCUUUUUAUCUUCUCAUUGCAGACAAAACCUGUUGCAUUUGCAGUUCGGACAAAUGUUGGUUAUAGUGCAGCUCAUGAUGAUGAUGUUCCAGUCCCAGGCAUGGCCAUCUCAUUUGAAGCUAAAGAUUUUCUUCACGUUAAAGAAAAAUUUAACAAUGACUGGUGGAUAGGACGGUUGGUAAAAGAAGGCUGUGAAAUAGGAUUCAUACCAAGCCCAGUCAAACUAGAAAACAUGAGGCUGCAGCAUGAACAGAAGGCAAAGCAAGGGAAAUUCUACUCCAGUAAAUCAGGAGGAAACUCUUCAUCCAGUCUGGGUGACAUAGUUCCUAGCUCCAGAAAAUCGACGCCUCCAUCAUCUGCUAAGCAGAAGCAGAAAUCGACAGAGCACAUCCCUCCAUAUGAUGUAGUGCCUUCUAUGCGACCUGUAGUUUUAGUGGGACCUUCUUUGAAGGGAUAUGAGGUAACAGAUAUGAUGCAAAAAGCAUUAUUUGAUUUUUUAAAACAUAGAUUCGAAGGACGUAUAUCAAUUACACGAGUCACAGCAGACAUCUCGCUUGCCAAACGCUCAGUAUUAAACAACCCCAGUAAGCAUGCGAUAAUAGAGCGAUCCAACACAAGAUCAAGCUUAGCUGAAGUUCAGAGUGAAAUUGAACGGAUUUUUGAAUUAGCAAGGACACUGCAGUUGGUAGUGCUCGAUGCUGACACCAUAAAUCACCCAGCACAGCUGAGCAAAACCUCUCUGGCACCCAUUAUAGUAUACGUAAAGAUUUCUUCUCCUAAGGUUUUACAGAGGUUAAUAAAAUCUCGAGGGAAAUCUCAGGCCAAACACCUUAAUGUUCAGAUGGUGGCUGCUGAUAAAUUGGCACAGUGUCCUCCUGAAAUGUUCGAUGUAAUUCUUGAUGAGAACCAGCUGGAAGAUGCUUGUGAGCACCUUGCUGAUUAUCUGGAAGCCUACUGGAAGGCCACACAUCCGCCUAGCAGCAAUCCUCCUAACCAGCUUCUCACUAGGACACUUGCGACAGCCACUCUUCCUAUAAGCCCAGGUCCAAAUAUUAACUUACAGGUACAGUUUUUAUACCAUAUCUUUUUUUUUUCCUUUUUUUUUUUAUAUAUUUUCUUUUCCUUCUGAAGUGCAGUGGUGGUCUGAUACUACAGUAUGCUAAAUACAUUUUACAGUUGGUGAUAAAGCAAGUGCUUUUCCAGUAGACAGUUGCCCAUUUCUAGUAUGAAAGCUAAAUACAGGUAUGUUAUUCUUACUGCUGUUGUAUUUGCAGUAGCAUGUGUUUGCAUACUGACUAGUGGGCAAAUCUUGAUUCCUGAGGCUAAGCAAGCUUGAUUGAAAACAUAUAGAGAUGCAUAGUAGAAUAAGAUUUCAUUGUGUCUGGGAUACCACUGUGUCUGGAACAUGAGUACCAGCCACAAGCAUUUUUAUAGCCAGCUCUAUUGUAAUCCAACCAGAGGAAUAAAACUGAGCUAGUACUAUGCACAUUGCUGCCUCUGAUAACUCUCUGACUGAAAGGCACGCUUGCACUUGCAAGCAAAUCCCACUCCCAGAGUCCCUGCAUGAAAAACUGGGUUAUGCACAGAGCGGAACCACAAAGGAUGGAGGGAACCUGUGCACAUCUUCCCACAGCGUGUCAGGAUGUGGAGGUUGAAAGUGGCUAACCGCGCUAGUCAAGUCUCAAGGUCAAGGUGGCCCUUCAAGUGUUUCCUUUGCUCUUUUUUUGUUGCUUUUAUUGUGAAAAGUGCACAUUUCCUUCAAGCCAAACUCUUACAUAAAGGCAGAGUCCCACUGCGUGUUGUGCAGACAGACUUGAGAGGCAGCUUGCCUUGAACUGCCAGGGUGCUACCUGGCAAGCUGGGAAGAUGGGGUUUUGCUCUCACCUGCACACUGACCUGCCUUUGUCUUUGGACAUAUUGUGUCUUCUCUUUUCCCUUUCAGUUUUUGCUUUACCUAACUGUAUCAAGGUUGUCUAUAUAGAGAGAUCCUCUCCUUUGUAUAUAUGUUGCAUGGCAUGAAAUGAGGACUUUAAAGAUGCUGCUUCAUUACAGUUAAUCAGUGACAGCUCGAGGUCAAAAAGAUUACAGUGAGGGUAAAAAUGGGUCUAUCCCAGCUCCAGUAAUGGCUUAUUAUAUCUGAAUUUACACCUAGCUGAUGUGUACGCACCAAAAUAGUGUGCAUAUAUUAGUCACUUUGAUGAAAAAAAACUUACCAAAAUUAAAGAAAAAAAUGUCUCUGCACUC